AGAACCCGAUCCACUGCUAUUACGUAACAGCCGGUGACAUAACUUUCUCCAGCCUGGGACGGUCAGGGCGCACGGAGCGCACGGAGGAGGACGGGGAGCCGGGCGCACGGCCGCGGUCCAGCUGCACUCUCUCCUGUCCUGAGCAAGAUGAUUUGAUUGGCGAGUUGUGGGGCCCGCUGUGAGGGAGAGGAGGAGGCGAGAUGGCUGUGCAUGUUUUCAAAUGCCUGCGCCGACCAGGGCGCUAGAACAACAGGAGGAGAGUGAUGGAGUAUGAGGAGAAUGACGCGCCUGCUGCUGACACCCCCAUCAAAAGAGCAGGCAUUGGGCCCAAGAAGACUCAUUUGACCCAGAUUGAAGUCAUCCCGUGCAAGAUCUGUGGUGAUAAAUCCUCUGGAGUGCAUUAUGGUGUCAUCACCUGUGAGGGCUGCAAGGGAUUUUUCAGGCGCAGCCAACUUCCUACUGUGUCCUACUCCUGCUCAAGGCAGAGCAACUGUCAAAUCGACCGGGCGAGCCGCAACCGCUGCCAACACUGCCGCCUCCAGAAGUGUUUGGCUCAGGGCAUGAGCAGAGAUGCGGUGAAGUUUGGACGGAUGUCUAAACGUCAGCGGGACUCUCUGAUCGCUGAGGUGGAGAGACACCGACAACAGCAGCAGCAGCAACAACAACAGCAGCAGCAGCAGCAGCUCCACGGUGAUGCCCACUCCAUCUUAGCCUACCCCAGCAAGGCCCGGCAAGACCGUUCCCCUCAGCUUAUUCAGCCAGUGCCUUCGGCCUACUCCUACAGCGGGGAGCCUGACCUUCUGUCCUACACCUCUGAUGUUCAUCCAUACCUUUUGUGCUCCUCGAGUGAGUCGCCGGUGGCAGGCGUGGUUUACAGCAUCUCUCCCACAUCGAGAUCUCAGGGGAGGGGGGACAGCAUGGGGCAUGCUGAUGGAAGAGGAUUUGAUUCAAGGCAACCACCUCAUGAUCUAAUGGGGAUUCAUCCCUACAGCCUUCUGGAGGAUCCUUACCGCCUGUAUCCUCACUCUGUGCGGAGCAUAGAUGAACUGUGUGCCAGUAUCUUGCGCUCCCAUAAAGACACCAGCCAGUACAGAGUGGAGGAGCUGCAGGUUCUCAGGUGGAAAAUGUUCAGCAGGGAGGAGAUCCAAGCCUACCAGAGCAAAUCUGUGGAUGAAAUGUGGCAGCACUGCGCCAUCCGACUCACUGAUGCCGUGCAAUAUGUGGUGGAGUUUGCAAAACAUAUUCCAGGAUUCCGUUUGCUUAGUCAAAACGAUCAGAUUGCUCUCCUCAAGACCGGUUCCAUGGAGGUGGUUCUGGUCAGGAUGAGCCGCUUCUUUAACACAGAGAACAACACCGUCUUCUUUGACGGGAAGUUUGCAGGAACCGAAGUGUUCAAGUCUUUAGCAUGUGGCGAUUUAAUUGCAGCAGUGUUUGACUUUGCUCACAGCAUGUGUGCGCUGAAGCUCACUGAACAGCAGGUGGCACUGUUCACUGCACUGGUACUGAUCAACGCAGAUCGGCCAUGCCUGGAGGACAGAAACAGGGUUCAGAGGGUGCAGCGAGGCAUGGAGUUAGGCCUCAUGCACAUUCUUCACCGAACCAACCAAGAAAAUCUAAUGCACAAGCUUUACCAGAGGAUGGCAGUGUUACAUUCACUGUGCAGUUUGCACAUGGAGAAGCUUCACUGGUUCAGUCAGCGUUACCCGCUCACUGUUCACUCGCUGUUUCCUCCCCUCUAUAAGGAGCUGUUUGCCUCUGAAACAGAAAUGCUGCCUGGGACCACACACUGAGUCACACCCUUGUUUAAAUCUCACCAUUGCUAACAGAAUCUGUUAAUCUAACCAUGUAAAUAAAUCACUGUUGUCAUAGUGUACUAAUGGUUGCUUAACUCCCAAAAUAAAUAAUGUCAAACCCGUCUUUUGUAAUUUGAAAGUCUUACACAAAAUUGUGUUCAUUCCAUGGCAGAUGCAUUUUGACCUCUUUGAUGAUGUGACUUUAGUUGCAGAUUAUGUUUUUAAUAAUUAUGGGUGUAAGACUGCAGGCCCUCGAAGAGCACCUUUAACUCACUAACGUAGAAGGAAAAAUACAACAGAGUUCACAUCUGGAUCACAAUCCAAACCAAAAUGUAACAAUUUUGGUGACUAACAGAGGCACCAGCACUUCCAAAUUAAGGCAAUAGCACAACUCCAGCAGAAAACUUUCAUCAAUUCAACAACAGGUAGUUGUAUCAACAAACAUUCUGCAAGUAAAAAAAAAAAAAAAAAAAAAAAAAAGGUUGGAAGCACAGAGCACAAACAAAUAUAACCCGCUGCACAUGUAACAGUUUAAUUCGAUAAUGUGCCUCUUGCAAUUUCGGCCAACACACCCAAAAACCCACAAACAUUGCAAAGCUCCACAACGCAACAGAAGUAUUCACAACACCGAGGUUCCUAAACGGAGGACUUUAACUGACGUCUACUCUUCAGUGCAUUGCAACUGAAAUAAAAAAAUAAUAAUAAUCUGGAAAAUAUAGCUAGCAUAAGAGUAAAAUCAUGUGUUGCAUAGCUUUGCAAAAUCUUUCUUAUGGGUGGAUACAAUGUGUGAACAUAUAACAGACACAUUAUCAAAGUAAAUUGUUGCAUGUACUGCAGCUUAUAUUGUUUGUAUUCUCUGUGUUUGCAAGCAUUUUUUUUUAAAUGUGUAAGACUUUUUUUUGGUGCAAAUAACUGUUGUUCAGUUGAUACUUUCAAUUUUUUUAUAUAUAUAUAUUUUUUUAUUUGUUUCCUACUUUUGAUGGUAUUUUCUUAUUUAUUUAUUAUUAUUUGGAAGUGUUGUGGCCCUUAUCGGCCAAUGUACAUACAGUAUAGGAGCUGCUGUGCACAUUAACAGUCUUUGGACUCCACAUCAGGUAGCAUAUACAAAAAUGAAACUUUUGUAGCAUAAUGCCACCCAAAGGGAUUGUAAAGCAUGAAGGUCCACAAACUAUGCAUGAUGAUGAAUGCAGUUCUUCGCUGCAGAGAUCACAUCCGUCCAGUUGCACUUACUGUUAACAAUGACCCUAAAUAUAAAUAAUUAUGUAUG